AUUAACUUGUAUUGAGAUUCGAAUUCGAAGGCAAAGCUCAUUGGCUCUGUGAACGUUGUAAAUAACAUCACCCGUCUCUCUUCCAAAGAGCAGAACAGAGAAAGCUUUAACAAUGUCUCACUCUCUGGUAGUUUUCAAGUCGCCACCAUCAAUUUCCAAUGUUCGCUAUUCCACUUUUUCUUCACCAUCUUCUUUACGACGUCGUUUAAAUCUGAGACAAAAUCAUGGCCACCACCUUUCUUUUCCCUUCCGUUUUACUACUUCUCAUAGAUACCCAAUUCGCUGUUGUUCUUCUUCCUCCUCCUCUAUGCCUCUUCAACAAGUUUCCAUUCCCACUUCUCAGUUGCAGGACAGCUUGUUGUACUCGAGGGCCUUCUGGGUUACAAAAUCUAUAAUUGCUUGGAAUGUAGAUGUUGGAGUUGAUGGUUCUUGCUUUUUAUAUGCUAGUCAGAUUGCUGCAUUGUCUGUUACUGAUUCUGGCAUACAAGGCUAUGAUGUGAAAUUUAAGCUUGAGGAAGAUGAUGGUGGCCUUUCAGAAAAAGUAGUUGCGAAAUUUCCUCAUAUUCGGGGUUACAAAGCUUUCAAAGUGCCUUCUUCUGUUGAUGCCAAAUCUCUUCUCAAAUGCCAAUUAGCAGUUGCAGCAUUUAACUGUGGUGGUGGGAAGUGUAGCAAUGCUACUGGUCUGCAGUUACCCGGUAUUUUGGAUGAUUUGUUUUCAUACGAUGGUCCACUUGGUGCACAUUUUUCCACAGAUGCUGUAUCACUCCAUCUUUGGGCUCCCACUGCUCAAGCAGUUCAGGUUUGCAUUUAUAGGGAUCCAUUCAGCAGCGAUCCUAUGGAAAUUGUUCAGCUCGUGGAGGUUAAUGGAGUUUGGAGCAUUAAAGGGCCAACAGAUUGGGAAGGUUGUUAUUAUGUGUAUGAAGUAUCUGUCUACCAUCCAUGCAGCUUACGCAUUGAAAAAUGCUUUGCAAAUGAUCCAUAUGCCAGAGGGCUCUCAUCAGAUGGCAAGAGGACAUUAUUGGUGAAUCUUGAUUCUGAUACUUUAAAACCUGAAGGAUGGGAUAUAUUAGCCAAUGAAAAACCCACUUUACUUUCUUUCUCUGACAUAAGUAUUUAUGAGUUGCAUAUAAGGGAUUUUAGUGCUAAUGAUCACACAGUGCGUCCUGACCUUCGGGGUGGUUAUUUGGCCUUCACUCUGGAGGAUUCGGCAAGUGUACUUCAUCUAAAGAAAUUAUCAAAUGCUGGCAUUACUCAUGUCCAUUUGCUGCCAACCUUUCAAUUUGCUGGCGUUGACGAUGUUAGGGAGAACUGGAAGUCUGUGGAUAACAACAUGCUAGAAAAAUUACCACCGGAUUCAGUUGAGCAACAAGCUCAUAUUACUGCAAUCCAAAAUGAUGAUGGGUAUAAUUGGGGGUACAAUCCUGUUCUCUGGGGGGUCCCUAAAGGAAGUUAUGCAAGCAAUCCAAAUGGUCCUUGCCGCACCAUUGAGUUCAGAAAGAUGGUUCAGGCACUUAACCACAUUGGUCUUCGGGUUGUGUUGGAUGUUGUCUACAAUCAUUUGCAUGGAAGUGGGCCUUUUGAUGAGAAUUCUGUUCUUGAUAAGGUUGUUCCAGGUUAUUAUCUGAGAAGGAACAAUGACGGAUUUAUCGAAAAUAGUACAUGUGUGAAUAACACUGCCAGUGAGCAUUAUAUGGUUGAGCGCUUGAUUAUCGAUGAUCUUUUGAGCUGGGCAGUUAACUACAAGGUUGAUGGAUUCCGGUUUGACCUUAUGGGCCAUAUAAUGAAAAGUACAAUGAUGAAAGCAAAAGAUGCGCUACUCAGCCUAACAAAUGAAAGAAAUGGAGUUGAUGGUUCAAGUAUCUAUAUAUAUGGUGAAGGUUGGGACUUUGGUGAAGUUGCUAAAAAUGGUCGUGGAAUAAAUGCUUCGCAGUUCAAUCUUGGUGGAACUGGAAUUGGGAGUUUUAAUGAUCGAAUACGUGAUGCAAUGCUUGGUGGAUCCCCUUUUGGCCAUCCUCUUCAGCAAGGAUUUGUGACUGGUCUAAUGUUGCAGCCUAAUGGUCAUGACCAUGGAGGAAAAGCUGUUGAAGAACUCAUGCUUACUAUAGCAAAGGAUCACAUCCAGGCUGGGAUGGCUGCAAAUUUGAGGGAUUUUGUUCUAGUCAAUAGUGAAGGGAAAGAGGUGAAAGGAUCAGAAAUUUUGAUGAAUGGUGGGGCACCUGUUGCAUAUGCUUUAUGCCCUAUAGAAACGAUUAAUUAUGUUUCUGCUCAUGACAAUGAAACUUUGUUUGAUAUUGUGUGCAUGAAGACUCCGAUGAAAAUUUCUGUUGAUGAGAGAUGUAGAUUAAAUCAUUUGGCAACAAGUAUAAUAGCAAUGUCACAGGUAUAUUUGAGGAGCAUUGAUAAGGAUGAUUAUCUUACUCCUAUGAUGAUACAAGGCAGACCCAGAUGAGAGUUGAUGCUCGAUUGUUCUUUUAGAUUCGAAAUUCUAUUGAUAGUGAGGUAAUUAUCUCAAUCAACCAUUGUGAAUUUAUUAAAGAGCUGAUGGCUUAUCAUGUUUUCCUGUAUUCUAGUCAAGGCAAUGUUUCUCAUAUUUAUGAUAUAUGUAGGGCUUUUUAUUGUUCAAAAAAAAUGAUAAUCAUUGUUUACUUGAGUUUUCUUUCAAUCUAAUUUAUGUUAGUAAACUCACCUAAGUCUUGAAUUGUUGUCUCAUUUUUUUUAUCAUUGUUUAUUUCAGGAUCUUAUGAUGAAGUAGACAUUGGUAGAGGUCAUGAGUCUGAAGGCCUCUAUAUACUUGACACACAUGUGCCAAGAUCCAUUACUUAUUCCAGUGUCUUAACUCCUUUUGAGUGCAUUGUACACUCGAGCAUCCCUUUCUGUCUUCCUUGAAGAAACUAUUUAUUUAAUACCAUAAUGUUUCAUCUUUAGAUUGUGAGUCAUGACAGUUUACUAAGCAUCAUCAUUUUCAAAAAGGUUACAGAUGCUACUCUCUUACUCUUAACCGCUAUCUUGUUUUAGUAGAUGUCACCUUCCUUGAAAAAUACUCCAUUCUUUCUUUACUCUCAUAUCUACGAGAGUUGGGGGAAGGAAGAUGAUUAAUUUGUUUAUACUAUAACCCAUUCUGUUAGUUCUCUAGACAAUCUUUUAGCAGCUUCAACACCUACUCGGCCACCUAUUGCCCAUAUCUACUCUCCAAGACACUCAUGACCAUGCCUUUUGCCAACCUCUUCGUUGGCAAAUCCAGCAUUCAAUGAUAAUGAUCCUAGCCUUGAUCUUCCUAUUACACUUCAGAAAGGUAAACAUCAGUGUACUUAUCAUGUUUCCUCCUUUGUUUCUUAUGAUAACCUAUUUGUUUCUUCUGAUCACUUAUCUUCUUUUUCUAGCUUAUUUAUUGCGUCCUUAGAUUAUGCUUUGAUUCCUAAAAUUCUUAAAGAAGCUUUAUCUCAUCUUGGUUGGCGUAUUACUAUAGAAAAGAAGAUGGUAGCGUUGGAUGGUAAUGGUGCUUGGAAUUUGGUAACUUUAUCUACAAGAAAGAAAGCUAUUGGAUGUAAAUGGUGUUCACAGUAAAGGUUAAUAUUGAUGGUUCUAUGGCUCAUCUUAAGGCCCUUCUUAUUGCUAAGGGCUAUGCUUAGACUUAUGGUGUAGGUUAUUCUAACACUUUCUCUCUAGUAGCAAAACUUGCCUCCGUUCGUCUAUUUGUCUCUAUGGCAAGCAACUAUAACUUACCCUUGUGCCAGUUAGACAUCAUGAAUGAUUUUCUGCAUGAAGAUCUACACGAGCAAGUCUAUAUGGAGCAAUCACUUGGAUUUGUUGCUCAAAGGAAAUAUGGAAAAGUUUGUUGGCUUCACAAAUAUUUGUAUGGUUUGAAGCAAAAUCCUAGUGCUUGGUUCGGUAGAUUCAAUGAGGCAGUUUAAAAUUUUGUGUUGAAGAAGAGCAAGUAUGAUCACUUAGUAUUUUUUUAGACAGUCUGAGGCUAGUAUAAUUUUACUAGUUGUAUAUGUUGAUGACAUUGUUAUUACUAGGAGUGAC